UCGUCAAAGCGAAAACUUAAUAUAAGUUAACAAAGUAAAAGAAGGAUAACGGUAUAUGUCAAGUAUAGUAUAAUAGUAUCAAUAUAAUAAAUAAUAAUAUAAUUAAUAAUAGCAUCAUACCGUAUGUUAUUAGUAUAAAUGCCUUCAUGAUAGUAGGCCUAUACUUUUGACUUUAUAACUUAACUGAAAUUAAACUUUAUUUUGGAUUUCAUAAAACACAUUUCUGAUCGAUUUAAUUUUUGAAAUUUUUGUUAAAUUUGUAAUUUGUAAACAUAGAAAUGUUUAUUUUAUUUAGAAUUGAGUGGUCUAGAUUAGAGUUAGAGUAAUUAGAUUUGGUAUGCUGUGAUUUGUGAUUGUUUACACAACUGAGGAAAAUACGAAAGGGGAAAUUGAAAUGGAAUUCUACAAAGUCAUUAAAUUGUUGUUGGCGUUUCUUUUCUUCGCUUUAGGAGCCAUUCAUCAGAGCUACGCAAGUGAGUAGACACUUAUUUAUAAAAGGCAACUUUGACUUGAGACUUAGUAUGUUUAAGUUUAUUUUUGUUUAUUAUUAAUUAUUAUGUUUUUUUAAAGUUUAUUAUUAAUAUUAUGUGUAUAGUAUGAUUUAAGAUUUUUAUUUUAAUGGCUUCAUUUCUUAAAAGUAUUAACUAAUAUAUGGAAAAUAAUAAUAUAAUGAUAUAUUUUAAUAUUAUAAUGACUUUUAAAAAGUCUAUUCUCAUUUAGGCCCUAUAAUUUAUUUUAUUAAAACAUUAACAUAGGCACAAUCAAAUUGGGAAGUACUUACUGUGAAGAUCGAACUUGUAAAUUUGUCCCAAAUGUGUUGGACUUCAAUAAAGCUACUGCUGUGGGAACCUUCAAUGAUGCUAUUCUCUCCACUGGAUGGGGAAUACUUGACAUAAGUGCUGGAAAUGUUCCUGUAAAAGGCCAGACAGACGCUGAUAUUAUGUUUGCCGCUGGAUUUGUGGAAGGUGUUUUAACAGCAGAGUAAGUUAUAAUACACAUUUAGACAAUAUAUAAUUUUAAAGUUAAUGUGUGUAAGAAAUAAACAUUUAAUUGUUUUUUCCAGCUUUUACAUUUUUCAACGAAAUGGGCCGUCUGUAAAAAAGACAUCACUAACUUUGUGUGAUGAUUUAUAGAAAUAUGGAUAUUUGCCAAAGUUGCUUGACGUCAUUUAUGGAUAACUCCAAAAAUAACAUGUGAUGAUAUACAUAAGAGCCAUGGAAGGACUUACGUUUUAUUUGUUUUCUUUGAUUUAUUUAGAUCAGGGUAUCCGGCCCACCGACAGUACUUGCAUUUGCUUGAUUAAAUGUAUGUUUACCCACAGAGAAGGAAAACUUGUUGAAUUUUGCCGUUGCUAACCCGAUGUUGAGUUUCUAAAACUGAAGAACUUUGCCACUGGUAUGGCAUCAGUGUUUGGAACAACUUAUGUCUGUGAGCAAACAUUUUCAAAAAUAAAGUAUGUCAAGUCAACACAUCAACAGAGAUUUACUGAUAAACAUUGAAAAACAUUUCUCUUGAUUGGAUUCAGCAAAUCCAAACCAAACAUUGAUGAUAUCUUGAAAGCCAAAUGUCAGUUUCAUAAAUCUUACAAACCUUUCUUGCUGCUUAGCAUGUGAUAUUCGAAAAUGUGCGCACUAUGUCUGAUGUAACUAUCUCUUUGCUAACGUCACCUUCUUUGAUAACUUUUUUAGAAAAUAAAUAUGUUGGUUGUCUUUGUUUUUUGUACAAUGCACGUCACUCACCCAUGAUUAACAUGGAAUACUAAACUUAGUUUUUCGCCUUAUUUCCCCAGAGUAUUCGUUCUGGCUUGAAAGUAUUGUACAGAAUGAUUAUCCGGCCCACGUUUGUCAUUGCUUCCAUUAUCCGGCCCGCCUUGAAAAAAGUUUGGAGAUCCCUGAUUUAGAUUAACAGAAGAUCCCCCCAUCCCUGUGGUGCUACAGCCCAUGUAGGGCUUCAGCCUGCCUCACCACUUCCUUCCUCCUAAGUGAUGUUUUUCUUUUCCAGCAUCUGUAGGUCUUUUUCCACAUCAUCCACACAUCUAAGCCUAGGUCUGCCUUUGAGCAGUUUUCUUUUGGGGGUGUUGGUGGUGCAUCCUCUUCACCCCUCUGACAUUUGGCAUUCUUUCUAAGUGUCAUGCCCAGCGUAGCCUGCCCUUUUUUUGAUCUAUGCUUCUAGCGUGGAAUCCAGACAUAGUCUUUACAAUUCCUGGUUGGUUUGUAUUCUCCAUCCAUAUUCAUCCAGAUUACCAGAAGAUGCCAUGUUGCUAUUAUCACGCAAUAGAAAAAAUUUAUUAUUUCUUCAUUAGAAUAUAACUUUCAAAAAUUGAAACUAAAAUACUAUGUAAGCAAUUUCAACAUAAGGGAUACUCUAUCAACAGGCAGAUGGAAUACCAGUUCAUCAACCUGUUUGACACAUUUUUUCCAACACCUGUGGAUGAGAAUCUGUUAAAGGAAUUAGACCAGUGGUUUAUCAAACAAAGGCACUGGGCAGACAACAUGAUCAAAAGCUAUCCUGAUAAUCCAUUUUGGCGCCAUGCAUCAUAUAUUUUUGCACAAUUAGAUGGUCUUUUAGCAGGAUACAAAUCUACUUUAAGUAAAAGCAAUGUAAGGUAUAAAAAUAAGUAUAAUGUUUACUUUUAAUCUGUGUCUAUAUAAAAAAAAGCUUUAAAUAUGUAUUUUUUGUGAAGUUCUUUCCUUGUAGUAGACUCUGAGGGUGGGUCCAAGCUAGAAGGUCUAUUUUAAAAUAUGUUACAAAAGUAUUUUUACAGAUUUAGAGUUAGUAUCACUUUUCAAAUAAUAAGUUCUGCAAGUUUCAAUGAUUUAGAGAUAUCAUUAAUUCUAAUGUCAACAUUAUUGAAAUCAAAAUGAAAUAUUUAGUAAAUUGCUCUCCUUAUCUUGCUUUUAUUAUUGUACUCUCCCAUUUAUAUCUCAUGUGUGUUGCUGAAUUUUUUAUUUUAAGCAGUUAAGUUCUACAGUGAAAAAAUGUUGUUUUUAUUAAAUUUCAAUUUUCAUCUACCAUUCGAACAGGUUACCCUUGAUCUGUUUGCUUUAAAUUUCCUCAAUGCUAAUGGUGACUUGUUUGACCUGCUGAAAGUCUUAAAACCAAGCUCAAUUCAAGAUUGGAGGAGAUUUUCACAGCAGGAAGCAAGAAACUAUUUCUAUUCAACUGGUCACUGCUCAGUUCUUAUCAAGGUUUUAAAAAUAGAUUUAAUGCAGACCUGUUUACUCUUGCGAUUGUACGAUUUUGAGGUGUAUACAUUAUAUAUACUGGAUGUUUCUUUUUUUACUAUAAAGAUGAUGUAUUGAAUGAUUAUGUGAUGAUAUUGUACGAUUUUGAGAGUUUGAGGGUAAACUGGUCUGUUUAAUGUGUAAUUUAUUGACAAUUAAUAUUUUAUUUAAGCAUCUUUAAACUUUUGUUGCCAACUUAAACUUAGAAAAGAUAAUUAUUUAAUUUUUGUCAUUUUUUUAAAACUACAAAAGCCACUGUGCCUAUCAUAUGAUGGAUUUUUCUUAAAUUUUGGUAUUCAUUACAAGAUGAUAACUAUAUUCCAUUUAUUUUUUAUUUUUUAAGCUGCUACCAGGCUUUGAGAAUCUCUUUAUGUCUCACUCCAGCUGGUUUGUUUAUGCUGCCACUAAUAGAAUAUAUAAACAUUACAAUUUGAAUGUAUCAGAUUCUGCUACUGCUUCAAGGAAGAUCUCUUUCUCCAGCUAUCCAGGUUAGAGUUAAGAUUUGUGUUUUUAUCUCGAAAAAUAUUUAAAAAAUUUCUUUCAAUAUUCACAGUGACAUUUUAAUUUUUUGUGAAACAUUUUCAGAUAAUCUACCACUAUCAGUUAACCAUAACCAUUAUUUGCAAAUUUAGAGAAAAUGUCAGACUCUGGGUCUCUGUCUCUAACCUUAGCCAUGAUUCAUUUAUUAAUACUAAUUGAAACAAAAACAAAUAUUUUCAUGAAUAUAGUUAUUGAAAUAAUUAGCAGCAAUUUCAAUAACUAUAUUCAUGAAAAUAACAGGUUUGCUAGAAAAACAAUUAGCAGCAGUUUUUCUAGCAUUAAACCUGUUAUUUUUUUUUUAAAUAUAUUUUAGAGGUCCAAGUAUCUGGUAGUACAAUAUAUAUAAAUGGUGGAAAUGUGUAUCCAUAAUCUUAGUGUAAUUUUAAAUUGUUGGGGCUUGGAAACUAUUAACUUUGGUAAUGACUACAAUUAAAUUUAAAAGUAGAUUGAAUUAAGGCCUAACAAUUUAUAUUAAAAUUCUGCAUCAUGAGACAUCAAACUUGUUGUUGCAUUGCUUCCCUAAAAAUGAUUUCUCAAAAAUAAUUUUGUUAGGAUACUUGGAAUCUCUGGAUGACUUCUACCAUCUUGGAAGUGGAAUGGCUAUGCUGCAGACCACAAAUAACAUAUUUAACAGCUCCCUCUACGAGUAUGUAUCCCCACAGUCUCUGCUAGCCUGGCAACGUGUCCGCAUUGCUAAUAUGAUGGCCAGGAGUGGCAAAGAGUGGACUGAUGUUGUUGCCAAAUACAACUCUGGUACAAUAUUUAAUAUUUGCCCAUUCUAGACUUGUACAUCCUCAGUCAGUAGAUUAUUAGUUUACUAUGAUCAAGUAACUACCCUGUUUUUAAUUUUGUUGUGCUUCAACAAAUUAUACACUAUGCAAGAAUAAAUUUGAUAUUUCCCUUAAGCCUUACAUAGCUUCAGUCUUAAUUGUAUUAAUUAUUUUUAGUGCAAAAUAUUAUUAAUGUCACAUUCUUUACAUCAUGACACUUCUACAUUUCCUACCCUCUACUAGUUUAAGCCUACCAGACUAGAUUACAGGUAGAUUACAUAAAAAUACAUUUGACUGAAUAAACAAAUGAUUCUAAUAAUUAUAAUUAUUUGCUUAAAAUAUUGAUAUAUUUGAUUUGAAAUGCUUAGGCAUUUAUUUUAUAGUCAAGAUUUCUUACCUGGCAUAUAAAUUUCUGAUUAGGCAUAUAAUUUUCUGUUACACUAAAUAUUGGCGGUACUUCAAACAAAAUUAUUUAUGACACCAUACUAAAUAAAUGUGAGUGAUUUAUUAUGCACUAAAUUUUGAUAUUGAAAAAAAUUUUGUUUGAAUUCCCAUAGGUACUUAUAACAACCAGUACAUGGUUAUUGAUUUGAAACUUAUUAAAUUAGGACAACCGCUUCCAGAUAAUACUAUCUGGGUGGCAGAACAGAUUCCAGGGUUGGUUGUUGCUGAGGAUCUUACCCCAAUUCUUCGAGCAGGUAAAGCUCAAUUAUUUGAGGACCUGCACUGAACAUAUUUUUAUAUAUAAGUAGGCAUGCAAUCCUAUCUGAACAUAAAUAAAUUAGCAUAUAACUGAAAAAUAUUCAUCACUCUUAAUGAAGCUUAACAGUUUGCAUAUUAUUAUGUCAUAAAGAACACUUAACAAUUUCUACUUACUGCUUUAUAAAUUUCACAUAUUUCAGGAUAUUUCCCAUCAUACAACAUUCCAUUUUUUGAAGAGAUUUUUAACAAAAGUGGUUAUCCUGAGUAUGUAAAAGUUCAUGGCACAGAGUUCUCAUACCAACUGGCACCAAGGGCAAAAAUAUUUCGCAGAGACCAGUCGAAGGUGAAAGACAUGAAGUCCAUGAAGGCUGUAAUGAGAAGCAAUGGUAAAACAUAUUGUUAUAUUUAACCCUACCAGCCCUGAGGCCCUGAACCUAAGUGUCCUCUAUCCCUGGGCAUUAAAGAGAAAAAACCAACAUGAUAUAUAAAAUGUUUGUUCCAUGCAAACAAGUGGUUAGAAUCAGAUAGAACUUGGAGACAUUGUAGAAAAUAGGUCUACCAUUCAUCUAGCACAAUUGUGUGCCAAUCCACCCAACAAGAUGAACCUUGUAUUUCUUGCAUUUCUGGCACAUGUGUUAUUGUAGCAAUGCGGCAUCUAUGGGAAAAAUGCAUGUUUGAAUGUCUGUCCAGAAAGUGCUUAACGAAGGAAAAUUUGAUUAAAAAAAUAUUUCCCCAGUGUCUGAGGUUGAGACAGCAGUUAAAUAAGCAUGAGAUAAAAAUUGAUUCUUUUGAAUAGCAAAAAAAAAAAAUAAUAAUAAUAAUACCUUUUUUUAAUUUAUUUUAUUUGUAGACGUUAAAAAAAUAUAAACUUUUCAGAUAAAUUACCAACUGAAUCAAAAUUAUUUAAUUGUUGUAAUAAUUAAAAUUAUUUCUGACUUUAGAUUAUAAAAAUGACACAUAUAGUGGUGGGAGUGCCUGGGGUGCUAUUUGUGCAAGGGGAGAUCUUGUAGAUGAGGCACCAUCUGCAUCUGGUUGUUAUGACACCAAGGUAGGAAUGUCGUUAUUUUGGACUGUUAAGUCUUUUCAUAUAUAUAUAACAUUUUGUUUAUAUUUUUUGAAAUACCUUUUUUUUAACAAUCACUUUUCAAGAAGCAUAAGGAAAAUGGACCUAUAAAAUGGCUCAAAAGCUCAAUAUUGAUUUUUUCAAAAUAAACAAGACAACUUCACUUUUUUUACAUUUAUUAAGAAAAUUCAAACAAAACUAAUUCUUUCUUUAAGACUUGUAUUAUUUCUGUAGUGUGUUUAAAGAAUGUCAAGCAAUGACCUUUUUUUCUUAUCUCAAUAGGUGUCAGAUUUUAAAAUGGCUCUCAAGUUUCAAGCAGACAUAAUUAAUGGCCCUACAGUAGACUCAGGGCUGUCACCAUUUUCCUGGACUGGAGACUUUGCCUCCCUGUCGCAUGUUGGACUACCACAGACUUACAAUUUCACUUUCAUCCAAACAAAACCCAGAUUUUGAUUGUUUUUGGUUGUAAUCAAAUAAUAUUUUUGAAAUUGUAGAGUAAUUAUGACCACCAUCACCUCAUUCUCUCUAACCCCUUUUCCUCCGCCUCACCGCCUAUGCCCUACCCUCUAGUCUAAAUAAGGGUUGCACAGAUAAGCAGAUUGGUGAAUUGCCACACUGGCAGAGCAAAUCAGCCUAUUGCCAAUUUAUCGGCACUGCUACACCUGUCAAUAUGGAUUAAUGGGCCACCAAUUAUAUAUUAUGAACUUAUUUAAAUUUGCUUUCAAAUGCUUGUUGUACCGGUAAUUAAAAACUGUAAAAUUAUACUAUUUCGUCAUGAAUCACAAUUGUAGAGAAACUAUUUAUGUAUAGAGCAGAAAUGAGCUCUCCUUUUAUUCCCAACAUUUGAGCCAUGAGCACAGACCAGGAUAGCACUGGUAUUUACCUAAUGUGGUACAAAUUUGAUCAAAUCCCAUUAAAUCAAUCCAAUAUUCUAUCAAUACUAUUAAAACCACCUAAAUUUACACGUGAACCCCACCCCUCAAUAAAACCACAAUUAAUUCAUUACUAAAUCGCAGGCUACAAACCUAAUUAAUUUUUUUUUUUUUUAACUGGAGAGUUGAAUUUUUACCUUUUCAUUUUAGCAAUUUAUCUGCUUUGUGCAACUUCAAAACUCUUUACAUGGAUGUACAUAUUCUUCUACAAGGUUCUACUGAGCAAUGAAUGAAAUAAACCUGCUAGUAUUAUAACAAGUAAAAAAAACUUUUUUAUUAUAUGCAAUGUCUCAUCUUAAACAAGUGUGAGGCUUUCAACUGCGUUCAAGACUUCCUAUUUGUGAUAUUCAAACACCUGAACACGACUCACAAUAUUCAGUUAUCAUUUAACUAAUUUUUCUUUUUUCAAAUUGAUAUGGUUUGUAACAAUAUAACUUAUUAUUACUAAAGAAUUAUCAAAUUUGACAGAGCUUAAAUGUACAAUGGCAGAGUUCAGUGCCAUUAGACAGUGAGUAAUGUUGUUUUCUUAGUAAAUCACAAAAUGCAUUGUACAUAGCACUUGAAGAUUCAUCUUUUAAGGCAAUGACAAAUUAUUAAGCUGUUAAAUAAACAUAGCUUGAUGUGAUGCAUUGAAACAGCAUUUUUCAAAAUAUUCUUUCACUUCGAUGCUAUUUUUAUAACAAGAAAAAUU